AGAUGAGAGAGAGAGAGGGGAGGGUGUGGGGCGUUCUCCCACACCUCAUUCUGCUCUCCCUCACACACACUCUCUCUUCAUUUUCAUGCAUUUUCUUCCCUCUGUCACUGUAUCACUUGGUCCAUCUCUGAGGUCAGAGCGGCAGAGGCAGUGAGCGCGUGGAACAGUCAGCCGGCGGCCUUGUGAGGUCACAGCUGCAGCAAUGGAGUGCUUCAAUGACCUGUUCCUGAAACUGCGGGAGGCCCACGAGCGAGAGGUGGAGGGUUGGCAGAUAAAAGUCCAAGAGCUGUCCAACAAGAAAGGCUGUGACACAAAGCGAAUGGAGGAACUGUUCACCAGAAACCAGCAGAUGAAAGAACACCAACGGUUACUCACUGAAAACAUCAAGACUCUGGAGAACAGACUGAGAGCUGGACUGUGUGACAGGUGCACAGUAACCGAGGAGUUUGCCAACAGAAGACAGCAGGAGUUUGAAGCGUCGCAGAUACAGACCCUGCAGCGCGUCUCUCAGAUGGUGGCAGAGAUUACCAACCUGAAGAAGGAGAACAAGAGACUCAGGGAGGAGAAAGAAAUCCGGUCAUUAAGAGCAGCACUGGAAAGUCACAGUGACCGCUCCUCAAACAGCUUCACAGAGGUCAAAUCAAACAGCUCCCCUGAGUUUUCACCCACCUCUGGUCCUGAGGCCCUCAUCAUGGUGGCAGCCAGCAAGUCCAACAACCAACCACCAGACAGUGAUGCUGGAGUGAAGACUGAGAGGGAGCAAAGACCCGAGGAGGUCGAACACAGACAGCUGAGAGGGAUGAGCAGGAACCACUGUGAGUCAUAUAAGCCGAUUUCACUGUCAUCUCUCUCGUCACCAUCUUGGAGGACAGAACACAGUGCAACCCGUGUUGGAGAGAGAAGAGCUCAUGGUAUUAAUGGACUGGACCAACGAUCUUCCAACGGACCUCAAGCAAGGAAUUCUUCCUCCUCGACCAGUGGACUCAACCUUGGUAGACAUGUGCUCCACACUCCUGUCCCCUGCCGUCCUCAACCAAUUCGAGGUAGUCCCAUUAGUUUCCCCUGGGCCUUAUCUGAAUCCACUGACUGGGUUAAUUUGGCGACAGCAGGCACAAACCAAGUCAUGCAACCUCCGUCAAAACAAAAUAUUCCACGCUUUCCCAACCUUAUCCCAACGAGCCAACAUGCCAGCUCUAGAAGGCAGGCUGCUUUUGGGUCUCCCUGGCCCAAAAGCAGCUCUCCUCAGUCCACAGCAAAGGAGCCCACUGUGGUGUUCCGCUUCAGGAAUCUUCCAGAGCACCACGAGAGUCAAAUCAAGCCCCAGGAGAAACAGGAAAGCCAGCCACCCAAGCCUGAGAGUGUCUCCUCUGGGGAAGAGCUUCAAGAGACAUGUGAGGGUCCUCUGGACCUAUCAGAUCGUGGGAAAUCUAAAUCUAGCCAAACCCCGAGAACUGAUUCACCCUUUCAAGGUGGAGACAGAGUCCAGAUGAGCCCCGACAAAUCAACCGAUCCUCCCGCUCACAUGGUCGCAUCAUCGCCUUCACCGGUCUCCCUGCCGUCAUGCUCCUCGACAUCACCUGUCAAACACCUGGAAAAUCAUCCCACCGGUGAUCAGAACCACAAGGUCAUCGACGAUCAGGAGCAAAAGGAGGAGGUGAACGCAAAGAUGGAGCAAAGCGGAGAAAAGAGGGUGCCCGUCCUCACCAUAUCAUUACGUCCAGUGGUAGUGCUGGAGACGCUGAACUCUGCUCUGCAGAAGGAAGAAUCCUCAUCAUCAAACGGCAGGUCAUCAACACCAGCAGCCGAGACAGGAAGCAGCUCCGAGGAGCGUGACGACCAGACAAGCGUGUCGGGCCAAGAAAGCAGCCAAGGCGGCAAGAGGAAGAGGGCGUCUGUGGAGACAGAAACCGACCGAGACUCGGACACAGACAACAUUCAGCAUGAAAACAACGGCAGCGACGAGCCACAGCAGAAGAGGCUGAUAUCACGUUGACCUGGUGAACUCACUAAAACCUGCAUUGGGUCAUCAUCAUUCUUGCCACUUGGGGGCAGUGUCACAUGCUGCAAAGCACCUGAGAAACACAGUCGUGUCAAAUCACCUUUAUAAAAUGAAUACGGGUUACAAACGGGAAAUUACAGGGAGUUUUACAAAAUCUCUGACGUAGACGAUGCUGAAAAGCUCCACAGAGGAAAAUGUAUAUCGAUCCGUCAAAUCAGCAGCAGGAACAUUUCAUUUCACAGUGCAUGUCGUCAUUUGGUCGAGUGUAAAUAAGAAUCAUUUGUUUCUCGCAGAUUUACAAUGAAAUGCAGUUUUAAUUGACAGGGUUUUUGCCCUCGUCUGCGGCUCAGUGUGCGCCGACGUCCGCUCAUCAGCCUGAACGAGUGUCGAAAGGAAGGAGAGCAGAUGUAAACUAAUGCAAAUGAGGUUAUGAUGAUGAGGAGCAUUUGUAGUCUAUUAGCUUCUCACAGCUUCUGCCACUGAAUCUGUGGAGCACAGUGCCCCCUGUUGGCCUAAAACAAUCUCAUAUAUAUUAAUAAUGUCUUUAUUAUAUUGGAAUGUCACAUAUAGGAGCUUUAAUGGUAAUCAGUAAAAGUGAACUGGGAUAUUUCAGUAUUGAACUGCACUUUUGUGUCAUUUGAAAAUUUGAGACAAAAAAGAAUAGAUAUAUAAAUAAGUUAGAAGCAUAGACUGUAUAUACGAACACUCAUGGUCCCCUGGGCAGUAGAUUAGAGCCGAAGAUAAAGCAUCUGAAUCCUGUAUUCUCUUGAAUGGCCAUGUGGGGGCUUCCUGCAGUGGAAGUUUGUAUAUUUAAGUCUAUGAGAAAUGUCCAUUUAUGUCCAAGUUACGGUCCCUUUUAAGGCCUUCGCACAUCACACAGCUUUUGUUUUGUCAGGGGUGAGAGAUGCUUUUACGUUUGAGCGAUCAGAACGUUUGUUACUGACAAAAUGACCAGAUAAAAUAAUGUCCAAAUGAACAAAGGCACACAGCUGGGACUGUUGAUGGACAAACGGGACCUUCUGCAAAUCUUCAAACUGCUUCACAGUCAUCCUAAAAUGUGUCCUGAUCCACCUGAAGUGGUAAAGUUCCAUCUUCUAAACCAAGCAUUAUUUCCUUUUUUUCUUUCUGCCUUUUGUUCAACUCAAGCAGUUUCUUCCCUUUAAUUUGCCUAAAUACGCCGUGUUUGUGAAGAGUUAGGACAAAAUGUGCAAGUUAUUUGCAAUUUAGUUUAUUCAUGUCACCUUUACAGUUGAGUGGACGAUAGAGAAGGGUACGUGCUGGUUUAUGGACACGAAUGACAAUUACUAAGCUUUAAUAAUGGCAUGUUUCCACCAGGCACAGCACGGUUAUUGUGCAUGUCCACGAGAAUAGCAUUUAGUACCUGCUCUGACGAGGUUCCAAGCGAGCUGAGGCGAUACGAUGUGUGAUGUCGCCAGAACAAUGGUGAACUGUAGAUCACACUCAGACUUAGACUAAACAAGCCUACAAACGUGCGUUAAUCUCCAACGUUUGGCAGAGAAACCGUGUCAGACGGAGUCUGUGCUCCGGUCAUGGAGGACUUACUGAACAAAUAGCUUUCAUGAACUGAUUCUAAUGAUUCACUUACACUGAAAACAACCGCUUUACAAGU